CAGGGGGCUCACUGCGACGUCCCGAUCACGUGGCUGUCCCAUCGGCGAGGACUCCUCUCUCCACCCCACCACCUCCACUUCCACCCCUCUCUCUCUCUCUCUCUCUCUCUCUCUUUCUCUGCUCCUCUGCGCAGCCGGCGAUGCUGAGGCUGCGGUGGGAGAUGAAGCGUUGCUGCUCCGGCGCGUAGAGGCGAAAGUUAUGGCACGGCCAUCCUCCUGCGCGCAGAGCAGAGCGUCCCGCAGCAGCUUGUGCCACGGUGCCGCACCGGGAGCGCGCACUGCCUCUCAGACACGCCAGAAAUCCCCCUCACGCAACCCGUCUUAUCAGUCCUAAGUGGGGGGAGAAUAUAGGUCCUGAAAGGGUGUCGCCGCCGACAAGGGGAGGAAGAACUGACAGUUUAUUCUCUCAGAAGUGAGUGAGGGGCGCAAUGUAACAGGCCUGCCGAGUAAAGAUAACCCACCCGCAGCUACCGCACGGUUUCAAGCCGAUCCGGUUGAAACCAUACUUCCACCUGCUCUUCGCCAACAAUUAGAAUGACACUAUAGGACCUGUGAGUUCUUUCUUCACCUGCAGUGCCUUCAGGGGAAAUACCAAGACAGCAUUAAAGUGAAACAAAGGCCACAAUGAACCUGUUCGGGAGAGAUGCAAUGACCACAAAGAAGGAGAAGGAGAAAGAGAUUCAGUAUGAGGACCCUCCAGAUGGAGGGUGGGGCUGGAUGGUGGUCCUCCAUUGUUUCUUGGUAAAUGUGCUUGUGAUGGGCACAUUAAAAAGUUUUGGGAUUUUCUUUGUGGCAUUCCAAGAUGAGUUUGGCGGCUCAGCCGAGAGCAUCAGCUGGAUCGGUUCCAUCAUGUCUAGUUUACGACUUUCUGGAGCGCCCCUUGCCUCUGUGGCCUGUGCCAAGCUGGGACCGAGGGUGACCUCAAUCUCCGGUGCAGUGCUAGUUAGUGGAGGCUUCAUCUUAAGCAUCUUUGCCAGCAGUGUGGUAUACCUCUACAUUAGCAUGGGAGUGGUAGUCGGAAUGGGUUUUGCACUACUAUACCAGUCGUUUUCAGUGAUAACAGCGCUGUACUUCAGAAAACGCCUGGCAACAGCAUAUGCGAUUGGCCGAUCUGGAAUGGGUUUGACCUUUGCCCUGGCUCCAUUCACCCAGCUGCUUCUGGAUCAGUAUGCUUGGCAAGGUGCAAUGCUGAUUCUCGGGGGCCUCAUGCUGAACUUGGUGGCUUCCGGGAUGCUUCUGAGACCCAUCAAUGUGAAGCCGCCUCUUUUAAACCCUACUUCUUUGCCCAUCCAAAAGAGCCCUGCCAUUUCCCUGAAGAGCUCUGCAGAGAAGGACUACCCUAAAAACUGCCUGAGUAGCUCUCCUCCUUUAACCAAUGGUGUCUCCAAAUCAGGCUCCCUCCCACCCUCUCCUUCACCUGACAGGGACACUGAAAACUUGAGAGGACAAUGCAUUCAUGGACAUGAGAGCCAGUCACUGAACCCUGAAUUGACUAAACUGGUCCUAAAUAACAUAAAUGGCCACGAGCCCCAACAUGACUCGGGUCAGUGUAAGCCUGCAACCCCAGACAGCCCGGCGGAGAUGAAUGGUAGCAUGAACAGGUCCACAACCAUUGGAGUUCCUUUACAGGCCAGUGUGCCGACUGAGGUGGCAGUCGUAAAAGACAAAGUACUGGAUUUCUCAUUACUGAAGGACCCCUUCUUUUGCAUCUACACUUGGUCCUUGGUGUUCAGUCAACUGGCCUACUUCAUCCCGUACUUCCACCUGUCUGCCAGGGCCAGAAACCUGGGGAUCGAUGCCAUGGAUGCCUCUUUCAUCAUCUCUGUAGCAGGUAUCACGGAGACCAUCGCCCAGUUGGCCUCUGGUUGGGUGACCGACAGGAACCUGUUUCAUAAAUAUCACUUCCACAAAGCCUACCUGAUCCUCUGCGGCUUGGUCAAUAUGCUCUCCCCUCUGGCCACCUCCUACAUACUGCUGAUGGUGUACGCUGUCUUCUUUGCUAUCUUCUGUGGAGGCUACAUGGCUCUGCUGCUACCUGUUCUGGUUGAUCUUGUUGGGUCGGAGAAACUGAAUAACUCCAUGGGCUUCUCCAUGUUCUUUGUUGGCUUGGGUUGCCUCACUGGGCCUCCACUGGCAGGGUUUCUGUACGACUACACACAGACUUAUGACUGCUCCUUCUACCUGGCGGGCCUCUGCUACCUUCUUUCCUCCCUGUCCUUGUUCAUGGAGCCGCUCGCUCAGCGCUGGAAGAACAACAGAAAACUCUCUCAGGACCAGAGAGCAGAAAGCAGCUGUAAGAUCAACGGCUGCUUCACCCCCGACCACCUGCAAAACGGUGCUGUGUAAGAACAAAAAACCGGGAGUUGAACUAACAUGCUCCCGACCACGGGCCUGCACAGCCUGGACCCUAGACUCUCACCUAAAGCCGGGACCUGAACCUUUCAGCGAAAGCGCGAUACCAGCAUUACAGUAAUACAAGAACAUACAACAGUCUGAAUAUUUCACCAUGCAGAACUAAUAAGAAGCCAAAAUCCAUGUGUUCGGCAGAACAUUUUUAAUAUCAGCGGCGCACACAUCACUACUGAAGGUAAUCCAGCACAACUAAACUGAACAGUGCAGAGCAAGGAACCAAGCUCACAACCCUGUCUCCGAGGAGUAAUCCUACGACGCUAUCAAGCACAUAUCCACGAGGAGGUGUUGCAUCUGAUGUCUUUAAAAGCAUUUAUCUGUAUGUAUAAACCUGUUCUCACGGAUAUGCACUUUGGGCCAAGGUAUGACUAUGCUGCAUGAUUUCAAACUGCCAGGGAGCCAAAAUACCCAGCAACCCCACUACUGUAGCCUGAUCCUUUGUCCCAGUGAGUUAUCUAAAGUAUAAAGCCAAAAAACGCACAUUGGAAGACGCAGUCGGAGAUUAUUGUAGGCAUGUGCUAACAUUUAACUUUUAAGCACCGAAUGAUCCGUGCAUAUUUGUCUUGAACUGUAAUUCUCAGCAGACGUGUAGGUGAAAUUUCAUCCAGACGCUCCGUUUAAUUGAAGAUUUUCUUAUUUUUCCUCUUCUGAUUCCGUUAAACAUCUCCUGUUCCUCUCCAACCAGUUCACGCCAAUCCAUCCCCACGUCUCUCUUAAACUAACCAGUUCAGUUUUCUGGAAUUUUUGAAGCUUGAUGUAUGGGAAGGGCAGACUAUGUGUUUCAUAACUUCGACCAGCUGGAAGCUCACUCCAGAAUUACAGCUGCUUUCGACACUUUUACGUAACUCUUGACUUUAUGCUUUCGCAUGAAGUUACCCCCCACAAACGCUUCACAUGUCCAUUGACGCUGCAGCUGCUGAUAUACUCACUUUCAUCUCCUAUUUUUAAACUGGAAGUGAGUGUGUCUCAGCAUAUAAAAGGUCGGCAUGACAUUACACCUAAACUGGCUUGAAUCCCUUAUUAGCUGUUAAACUGGUUUGACAACCACAGUUGUGUAAUAAAUACAGCUGUCACUUCUGCUGCAACACUUGGAGCGCGUUCACACGGCAGUCAGAGUUUAAUUCACUUUAAUCAUUCACAGUUUGUCAGCUUUACGCUGUAAAUGAUCAUUUUGACCUUUGAGUCUCUUGCAUGUAAGCUAUGUUAAUUUUGCACAGACAUUUCAACUGCUCACCUUAUUUCAUCAUCUCAGCAUCUGUCAUUGCUCACACUAAUAUAUUUCAGGUAAAAAAAAAAAAAAAAAAACACUUCUCCAAAUUUAAAGAAGUUGUAUACUACAGUGCCUUGCAAACGUAUUAGUAGUGUUCAAACCUUUUCUGUUUUUGUCACGCAACAACCCCGAACUUCAAUGUAUUUUAUGAAAUCUGAUGUGACGGAAUAGCACAAAGUAGACCAUGAGUGUGAAGUGGAAGAAUACAAAGAUGCAUGAUGUUUCUUUUCUUUUUUUUUUUUUUUUUUUAUAAAAUAAAAAUAUGACAAGUGUGGCUUGAAUUUGCAUUCAGAGCUUCCUGAAGAGUUUAAAUCUGAUUUGGAAGCCAUGAGCAUGUCUCUACCAUCUUUGAACAAAUGAUGUUUGGGCAUUCUUCUUUCUAAAGCUUAUUUAGGUUGGAUGCAGAGCAAUGGUGAAACAAAUUAUAUCCCUGGAUAUUGUAAAGCAUGUAUACACUUUAAUCUAAAUCAUUUCACCGUAGCUCUGGCUGUGUCUGGCUAGUUCUCCGGUCUUUAUUCAGCGAGCCUUUAACAGGGGUUUCUCUCAUGUAUUUAGCUCCAUUCAUCUCAUUUCCUACCAGCUUCCCCUUUUUGCAUCCAAAAAACAAUUCGCUUGUAGUCUAAAAAACAUACCUGAGCUGUUGAUCUCUCCAGCUCCUCUAAAGAAACCGUUAGCAUCUUGACCAUUUCUCUUAUUAAUGCUCUCCUUGCCUGGCCUGUCAGUUUACGGCUGCAGUCUGUGGAACCGCUUGUAGCUCCUCAGGACCGCCAGUGAAAGUUAUCAACAUCGGCUAAAAUUGACACAGAACUGAACAGUGUUAUUCUAUUUAAAAGCAAUAUAAAGGCUAAUUUUAGCAGGUUUUCUAUCUACUUUUAUGCAGUGUCAUACUUCAGUCGUUAUUCUGUCAUUAGGACACAAACUACAUGCUUUUAUUUUAGCUUUUUUCAUAAACAUGUUCAAUUCAGGGUAAUGUGUCAUUUUACUGUGAAAAUUUGAUGUUUUUCCUAGUUCCAAAAUUGUAACAUAGUAAAAAACUUCAUGAUUCUUUUCCUGCAAAACCUGCCUAUUUUAUACCGCAAUUACAGAAUUUGGCAAUGAUGUUUUCUCUAUCAGACCUGCAGGUUUUGCAGCUCUAGUCAAAUCUCAGUUAUUGGAAGCGAUUGAAAAUGGCUUUUUUUUUUUCAAUUGGAAAGGUUGCAGCGUCCUGAUUCCAGCAGACAACAGUGUCUCAGUAGGUUUGCAGUUGUGCCACUCCUCACAUCACUAGAUGUUGGAUCGCGCAGAGCUGUGUGAGAUGUUCAAAGCUUGGAAUGACCCUGCUUUCAACUUCUCCACAGCUUUCUCCCUGACCUGUCUUGAGUCUUUACGUUGCGCUUUGUUCUCUAAGGUUCUCAAAGAAAACUCUGAGGUCUUCCCAGAACAGCCUCACUAAUUCUGAGAUUACAUUAUAAUACAUACAGAUUAUUAUUCCCUAAUAUUCCUUAAUUAGGUGGCUUUGGAAGAUAAUUGAUUGCACUGGAGUUUAUUUAUCGGUAUCAACGUAAAACAGGAUGAAGACAUGCAUAAAAAAACUGUCAGAAUUUGCUUGUUAAAAAAAUAUUGAAAAUCAUGCGUCGUUUUACUUCCACUUUAAAACUCUGCACUACUUGGUGUUCUCCGUCACAUAAAAUCCCAAUGAGACACACUGACGGUGUGGACGUAGCAUGAUCCGGUGUAAAAACACUCGGCUGGUAGGUACGGAUUUGCAAAGCCCUGUGUUUAAACCUCCUGUGCCUGCAAGCCCCCGCAAAAGUCAAAACGCUUCAUUAAGAAAACUCACUAAACAUCUGCUGUCGCCCUUUCAAAUGCUACAAAUGUAAAAAAAAAAAAACCCUCUUCUUUUGAUUCUGUGGGCUACAUCUUAUUUUACCAAUGCACACGUUCAGAUGAGAAGAUGACAGAUCUAUGCAAUACGCACUCGUUUACUUUCCUUUUAAAUUAAGGUGCACACAUUCAUCUGCUGCAAAUCCACCAGAGAAGACGCCUAUUUGUGCUUUUCUGCAGAUUAUGGUCACAGCUGAAUUUAGCGGUGGUGGAGCUGAAUAGGUUUUCUUUGGUACUGUGUGUGAUUGUUUUUUUUUGUCAGCUUUGUUUGUCUAUAAAUCUGUGACCAACUGAGAUGAUUAUGUGAUGUUGCCCAGUUUUGACCUAACAGAAAAGCUUUUGGGUUUUCUUUCAGACUGGUGCCCAAACUUUUUAGCGUCGGCUGGUGCAAACUUGUUGUGUUUGAACAUGAAACUCUGUUGGUUCUUGAAUCUUUUUAUAUACUUUAUAUAUAUUAGAAGGUUUUAUUUGUGUGUUUUCAGUGGGUUCCUAGGUUGUUGUUUUUUCACCAUUUGCCUUACAGGGUCUUUUUAUCUUUUACUAACUUUCCUGUAAUAUCUGCCAAAGAUCACAAUAGCAAACCUACUUACGACUUGAAGCUUAUAACUGGACAUAAAUGAAAUGAAAUGGUGUGGACUGCGACUAUCGCGUCUGAUCGCCUUGUGUUCAAAAUCAGCUGAUGUGUUUUCUCAUGCCGCCCCCUUGUGGGUUGAGUAGGCUCCUGCUCCAAGAAUGUUGUAUCAAUUAGCACCAAAUUAUUCCCCCUCAACUCGCUUUCACAAUACUGAGCAAGGCUCUUUGUAUUGUUUCCAUGACGAGUCAUGCACUAAGGCUCUUUUGGCUCACGAGUUGCAUUCACUCACAAGCCAGUACGCUUUUGUGCUUUAGGGCCACUGAGGUUUUUGUACCAUUGAAAAAAAAAUAUACUUUCAAUGAAAAAUAUAUGAUGCUUUAAAAGUAUGUAUGUGGUACUCAGUUUUAAACAUCUGGUCUUAAGGUGGUGAUACCUGAACACCAUUUGAGUGCUUUUUUUAAAAAGCAUUCUUCAUUUUUUACCUUUAUUUUGUUGUUGUUUGUUUUGUUUUCGUUUCUUUUUCAGUGAAUGCAUCACUGGGAGAACUGUUUGUUCGCUGCUCUGGUUACUGGGUUUCUCUAGCAAAUAAGCUUAACCAAUCAUAGGUAUUCUGUUCCGAGAGUUUAGAUUUUUGUUUUUUGUUUUUUCCAAACUUGUAACAGAGCACAACUCAGACGUAAUAAAAUGAUUUGUGACUCAA